UCGCUGCGCUGGCUGCCGCUGCUCUGCCAGCUGCUGCUGCUGCGGCCGCUAGCGGCCCACUCGGCCGGCCCCAUCCAGGCCUUCGUGGUGCCCCACAGUCACAUGGACGUGGGCUGGGUCUACACGGUCCAGAACCUUGGACAGGGCGGCGUUUUCCGUCCUUUGCCUCAGUUUCCCCAUCUGUGAAAAGAGAGUGGUUACUCCUACUCUGGAUGCACUGGGGGCUAUUAGGUACCAGGACACUUGGUCUCUGGAUCUUCUCUUUGGUCCUUUGGGCUCACCACCAUCCUCGGCCUCUCUGGAGCUGCUGUGAUGGCCUCCUCAGGAAAGCAUGCGGGCCUAUGCAGCCAAUGUCUACACUACUAUGGUGGCAGAAUUGACCCGCAGGCAGCACCGGCGCUUCAUCGCUGUGGAGCAAGAGUUCUUCCGGCUGUGGUGGGAUGGUGUGGCCUCUGAGAAGCAGAAACACCAGGUCCGCCAGCUCCUGGAUGAAGGACGCCUGGAGUUUGUGCUCGGAGGCCAGGUCAUGCAUGACGAGGCUGUGACCCACUUGGAUGACCAGAUCCUACAGCUCACAGAAGGACAUGGCUUUCUCUAUGAGACAUUUGGGAUCCGGCCACAGUUCUCCUGGCAUGUGGACCCCUUCGGUGCAUCGGCGACGACCCCAACCCUGUUUGCCCUGGCAGGCUUCAACGCCCAUCUCAUCUCCCGGAUUGAUUACAACCUCAAGGAUGCCAUGCAGGAAGCCCAGGGUCUGCAGUUCGUGUGGCGUGGGUCCCCAUCCCUGUUGGAGCAGCAGGAGAUCUUCACUCACACCAUGGACCACUAUAGCUACUGCACCCCCUCACACAUCUCCUUCUCUAACAGGUCUGGAUUUUACUGGAAUGGUGUAGCUGUCUUCCCGGACCCGCCCCCAGAUGGCGUGUAUCCCAACAUGAGUGAGCCCGUCACCCCAACCAACAUCCACCUCUACGCUGAAGCCCUGGUGGCCAAUGUUAAACAGAGGGCCGCGUGGUUCCGGACUCCCCAUGUCCUCUGGCCCUGGGGAUGUGACAAGCAGUUUUUCAAUGCCUCGGUGCAGUUUGAUAACAUGGACCCCCUGCUGGAGUACAUCAACAAUCGCACGUCCCAGUACGGCGUCUCAGUGCAGUACGCCACACUGAGAGAUUACUUCCAAGCCCUACACGCCUUCAACAUGACCUGGGCCACCCAUGACCACCGUGACUUCCUUCCCUAUUCUUCAGAACCACAGCAGGCCUGGACCGGCUUCUACACAUCCCGCAGCACCCUGAAGGGGUUAGCGAGGCAAGCCAGUAGCAUGCUGUACGCUGGGGAGUCCAUGUUCACACGCUACAUGUGGCCGGAGCCCCAUGGGACUGUGGACCCUACGUGGGCCCUGCAGCAGCUCCAACAGCUUCGCUGGGCUGUGUCUGAGGUCCAGCACCAUGACGCCAUCACAGGCACUGAGUCCCCCAAGGUGAGCAACAUGUACGUGGAACAUCUCAGAAUGGGGAUUCUGGGCGUACGCAAGCUGAUGGCCUCCAUUGCCCUGGACAGGUCCCCAGUGUCUGACACAGACAAAGGGCCUGUGGGAUACUUUGCUUCUGUGUACAACCCACUGGCCUGGAAGAUCACCACCAUUGUCACCCUGACUGUCGCUUUCCCCAAUGUAAGCGUCACCGAUGAGUUGGGCCACCCAGUGUCAGCACAGAUUCAGAACUCUACAAAGGACCCUUUGGCCUAUGACCUACUUAUCCUGGCCACCAUCCCAGGCCUCAGUUACCGGCACUACAAAGUCAGGCGCACCCGUGCGGACGAGGCAGAUACCCACACCACCCCCAUGGCCAGCACCCUCAAGUAUAGUCUCAAGCUGAGGAACCAGACUAGUCAGGGAGGCAGGUUCCUGGUGCCUGUGACCAACGACUGCUAUACUUUGCUGUUCGACCAGGAAACCAACAUGUUACAUAGUAUCCAGGAGAGACAGAGCAACCACACAGUGCUCAUGACCCAAGAGUUCCUGGAGUACCACGCCAACGGAGAUGUGAAGCAGGGCCCCAUUUCAGACAAUUACCUGUUUGCGCCAAAUGAUACUGCUAAGCCUGCCUGGGAAGCAGUGGGGAUGGAGAUGGUGGUGGGCCGGCUGGCAACGGACAUAAGGCAGUACUUCUACAGGAAUAUAACAGACCAGGAUUACAUCUAUGCAAUCCACUCUCGUCUGGCCCAUGUGCAUCCGAGCCCCUCUGGGGAACUGCUCUGCCAACGGAUAGAGCAGCAGUACCGCGUGGGCCCCCUGGAGCUGAACCGUGAGGCCAUCCUGAGGACCAGCAGUGACCUAAACAGCCAGCAAAUCCUCUACUCUGACAACAAUGGCUACCAGAUGCAGCAGAGGCCCUACAAGGCUUUCAAGAGCAACCCUAUCGCCCGGAAUUACUACCCCAUGGUACAGUCAGCCUUCAUCGAAGAUGACAAGAGCAGGCUGGUGCUGCUGGCAGAGCGAGCACAUGGUGUCUCCAGUCAAGAGAGUGGUCAGGUGGAGGUAAUGCUCCAUCGGCGGCUGUGGAACAACCUGGCCUGGAACCUGAACUACAACCUCACGCUGAAUGACACCUCCGUUGUGCACUCGGAGCUCUGGCUUCUGCUGGGGUCUAAACCCAUCGCUACUGCCCUGCGCCCGCGGAGUGGGGUGGCACUGCAGCACAGACCUGUCGUGCUGCUCACAGAACUAACUGAUGAAGAGGCCCCCAUUCAUGGACCCAAGAACCCCCAGGCUGUGGCAUUACCCCCCAACCUGCACUUGCAGACCCUCAGCAUUCCCGGCUGGAACUACAGCAGGAACCAUGCCCAGCAACUGAAGAACCUUCGGAGAGGCCCCCAAAAGAAGCCCCAGGUCAACCUGCAGCGUGUGCUGCUUCGCCUGCACCACCUGUAUGAAGAGGGGGAGGACCCAACGCUGUCUCAGCCUGCGACAGUGGACCUCAAGGUAGCCCUUCAAGGACUAGGGUCCGUAGUAGCUGUGGAGGAACGCUCACUCACAGGGACCUGGGACAAGCAGAUGCUGCAGCGCUGGCACUGGAGGACAAAGACUGGCCACCUAAGAGGCCACCCCACCUCCCACCCCAAGUCACCAGGAGACACCAUCAUCACUGUGUACCCCAAGGAAAUCCGGACCUUCUUCAUUUACUUCCAGCAGUAACCAACGCAGCUGGGCCAGGACCGUGGAACUGAAAUCCCUGCCCCUGCCCCAGAUGAACCUCAGAGGGAAGAGAAAGCUGCUCACCCGACAGCUGUGUGGCAGAAAGCAGCCGUGUGGGGACAGGGGUCUCUCAUAUUUUAUUAAUAAAAAUGUGAGGUCUGGGCUCUUCCUUCCCAUCUUCAAGUCAGCCCUUCCCUCCCUUCUCACAUGAGUGACUCCUCCCUCUCUCUCUCCCUCCUUCCCUUCCCACUCCCUCCCUCCCUCCUUCCCUACCCCUCCCUCUCUCCCUCAGUUUUUGAAAAGAGCCUUUCUUUUUGAAAAGUUAAGGUGAAUGAAUUGUGGAAAGUGAAAGACAGCAAGAGUAGGAUCAGCCGACCACACAGCUCCCAGCAGAUCUUCAGCCCUGUGUCUGAACAUGGCAUGUCACAGUAUGUGCCUGUCACUCUUCCCACACCUGUGCUGAUCCAAAACCCCAUUAUGUGAAUAUUUUGAUGACCGAGAAUACACUUCACUAACUCAAACUAUUUUAUAGAAAAAAAAUCUAGCCUUGGAGCUUGCGUGCAGCAAAAGUUCCAGAUGUUGUACUGGAGGAGUGGGAUUAGCCUCAUGCUCUUCUUAGACACAGGCUACAGGGAGUGACGUUAUUCAGAGUGACCAGUAGCAUGUUCAUACUGUUAGCAAUGCCUCUGAAGGGGUAUCCACCUCUAAUUUUAGCACCGGAGAGGUUGACCGAGGACUGUGUGGAGUAGGAGGUCCUUCUGUCUAUGUGUUACUUUCAGUGGUUAAAUAAAGAAACUGCCUUGGAUUUUUGAUAGGGCAGAAUUUAGAUAGGUGGAGUAGACCAAGCAGAAUGCUGGGAGAAAGAAAGCAGAGUCAGGAAGAUGCCAUGGCACUUCUCUCCGAGAUGGACGCUGGUUAGACGCAUGCCGGUAAGCCACAGUGAAGUGGCGAUACAGAUUAUUAGAAAUGGGUUGAAUCAAUAUGUGAGAGU